AUGUCUCAGUUCAUGGGAAGGAUGGCUCCUGUCCUGUGGCUGGCCCUGGCCUCCUGCAUUCUGACCCUGGCAUCUACAGAACAGCAAGGUUACAGAAACCCCACCAGUGCCAGUUCCUACGAGCAGGGCUUGGAGUGUGGAGCCCCUGGCACCCCAGAGGCGCAGCUCUGUUUUGACCCCUGCCAGAAUUACACCCUACUGGAUGAACCCUCCCGAAGCACAGAGAACACGGGAGAAGACGAGAAAUGUGACAGGGACAAGCACGGCUGGUACCGAUUUGUGGGAGACGGAGGAGUGAGGAUGCCGGAGGACUGCGUCCCCGUGCACCACUGCCAGACGGCUGCUCCCGUGUGGCUGAAUGGUACCCACCCCACCGUCGGGGAGGGCAUCGUCAACCGUAUUGCCUGUGCCCAUUGGAGUGGCAACUGCUGCCUCUGGAAGAUGGAGGUGCUGGUGAAGGCCUGCCCGGGCCAGUACCACGUGUACCGGUUGGAGGGCACCCCGCAGUGUACUCUGAGAUAUUGCACAGACCCCGCCACCACGCAGCACAACUGUGAGAGGACCUGCCGCUCCAAGGAGGAGUGUCGCUUCGUCAGCGGCACCUGGGACUGCUUCUGCAGACAGGACCUCAAUAUCUCUGAUGUGCACAGUUUGCAGCCCCAGCUGGACUGUCAGGCCAAGGAGAUCAAAGUGUCCCUGGACAAGUGUCUGCUGGGAGGCCUGGGUUUCGGGGACGAGGUCCAUGCCUACCUUCGGGACCAGAACUGGAACUGCAGCAGCAUGAUGCAAAGAGAGGAGAACAACUGGAUAUCGGUGACCAGCCCUGCCCAGGCUGGUGCCUGCGGAAACGUUCUGGAGAGAAACCAAACCCAUGCCAUCUACAAAAACACCCUCUUCUUGGUCAACGAUUUCAUCAUCAGAGACACCAUCCUCAGCAUCAACUUCCAGUGUGCCUACCCGCUGGACAUGAAAGUCAGCCUCCAAACUGCCCUGAAGCCCAUCGUAAGUUCCCUGAACAUCAGUGUGGACGGGGAGGGAGAGUUCACUGUCAGGAUGGCCCUCUUCCAAGACCAGAACUACACAUCUCCUUAUGAAGGGUCUGCAGUCGUGCUGUCUGUUGAAUCCAUGCUCUAUGUGGGCGCCAUCUUGGAGAGAGGGGACACGUCCCGAUUUAACCUGGUGUUGAGGAACUGCUAUGCCACGCCCACUGGAGACAUGAAUGACCCUGUGAGAUAUUUCAUCAUCAGAAACAGCUGCCCAAAUAAACGUGAUUCCACUAUCUACGUGGAAGAGAAUGGGGUGUCAUCGGAAAGCCGGUUCUCAGUUCAGAUGUUCAUGUUUGCUGGAAAUUAUGACCUAGUUUUCCUGCAUUGUGAGAUUUCUCUCUGCAAUUCCCUUAAAGAGCAGUGCCAGCCGUCUUGCUCGAGAAAUCAACUCCGCAGUGAAGGAGUGGCUAUUGACCCAGCCCGUGUUUUAGAUCUGGGACCCAUCACUCGCAGAGGUGCCCAGUCUCUUGGUGUCAUGAGUGGAACCACCAGCACUGCAGUGUUCCUGGUGGCCUGGCCCGUGCUUCUCCUGCCUGUCCUCCUGGCUGGGCUGUUCUGAGAGCUCAGCUGGCAUCUGGCCUUGAAGCUCGUGUUCUUCCC